GCCGCCAUGAAGAGGAUGUUCUCGUGCUCCAGCUCGCAGGUGGCGGUGGAAAGCUGGAACAAGCAGGACCAGAAGCUGCUGGAAGCGGUGGAGAAGGGGGACGUGGGGCGCGUGGCCGCGCUCGCCGCCCGCAAGACAGCGCGUCCUGCCAAGCUGAACGCCGUGGGGCAAUCCGCCUUCCACUUGGCUGCAUCCAAGGGUCUCACCGAGUGCCUGACGCUGCUGCUGGCCCAUGGGGCACCCGUCAAUGAGAAGAAUGAUGAUGGCAGCACCGCGCUGCAUCUUGCCACCAUCGCCUGCCAGCCCCAGUGCGUGAAGGUCCUGCUGCAGUAUGGUGCCAACGAGGGCCACGUGGAUGGGCAGAGCCGAACCCCUCUGCACUGGGCUGCCCCUGCAGCCACCUCGGGCUGCGCCUCCAGUGUCCUCCUGCUCUGUGACCACGAGGCUGUCCUGGACGUCACCGAUGCACACGGGCAGACCCCCCUGAUGCUGGCAGCGAGGGGCAACCACGCUGCCAUCUGCGCCCAGCUCCUGCAGCGCGGCGCCGACCCCAACCUGGCCGACAAAGAGCAGAACACGGCCCUGGCGCUGGCCUGCGAACACGGCAGCCUGGAGUCGGCCGAGCUGCUGCUGAGCAAUGGGGCGGCCCUCGGGGACAUGGGGGAUGAGGAGCGGUGGCACCACUUGGAGCAGAAGAUCCCCAACCGUGCCCUCCGGCGGCUCCUGCGCCGCGCUCGCUGCAGUGGGAGAGAGAACGGUGCUGGCUGCACCAGGGACUCCGUGCCACAGACAGAGGGGACCCCGGGCAGUGACAGCGAGGAGGAGGAGGAUGAGGGCAAGGAUGAAAAGCAGCAGGAUGGGAGAGAUGUUCAGCGGCUGCAGGAGCAGCUGGAGAGGAAAACUCGGGAAUGCCAGCGGCUGGAGGCCGCCUCCAACAGCAUCCGGCAGCGGGUGCGGGAGCUGGCGCAGCUCCUGCCCGGAGCCGGGAAUGGGAUGUCGGGUGAGGAUGAGGAUGGCGCCUACCUGGCCCUGCUGACACAGCACAUGGAGGAGCUGAGGAAGAGGAUGGUGGCCGAGGGUGAAGGACACCAACCGGAGGGGUCGUGUCCCGGGGCCGGGGCCACUGCCCUGGUCCCCUUCCUGACCUGGCUGCGGGAUGAGUGCGCCCGGCUGCGGGAGGCGAAGGUGGGAGCCUUCACCCGGAGCAAGGGGCUGCGGAAGGAGGUGGAGGAAGCCCUGAGGAGCAAACUGCACUACGAGGUGGUGUCGGCCGAGGCCGUGCGGAGGAGCUUGGCCGCUUGGGAGAAGCUGGUGCUGGGGCUGGAGCAGGCGCUGGGCCGCGCCGACGAGACCCACGCCAAGAUCCUGGAGGAAUCCCGCGACCUCCUGGCAGCCCUCGGGCGGGAGCUGCCGCAGCCGCUCAGCGGGACCGCGGCGCCCGCCCCGCGCCCGGAGCCGGCUCCGGGUGGGAAGAGCCGGGAGGAGCGGCCGGGGGAGGGAGGGAGCGCGGAGAAGGAGAUGCAGGAGCUGAAGGAGAGCAACGGGGCUCUGCUGGCGGAGCUGGCGCGGCUGGGGCGGGAGCGGGAGCGGCUGCAGGAGGAGCUGCGAGGGCUGCGGGAGCAGGACCCGGGGCCGGAAGGUGCCGCGCAGGGAGAGGUGCGGAGGCUGCGGCGGGAGCUGGCGCGGCAGCGGCGGGAGCUGGCGCUGCUGCGGGACGGAGUGGGCGAGCGGGUGCGUGAAGCGAGCGGGGACGCGGGGGCCGGUAUCCUGCGGGAGCUGCACCACAAACUGGACGGGCUGGUGCGGUCCCAGCAGGAGGCCCUGCAGCUCAUCACGGAGAUGGAGGGCGAAGGUACCCCCGCAGCAGGAGCCCCCGGCAGCGAUGGGGACGCUGCGCCCGCGGUCCUGGCCGAGCUGGAGGAGGCGGUGGCUGAGCUGGUGCUGGCCGCGGGUCCCUGCGUGCCGCGGCCCCUGCAGCGCUUGGCCAGCACCGCGGCCGCUCUGCGCGACCGGAGCAUCCCGGCGGGAGCCGCGAGCGAGGCCGAGCGCUGGCGGGAGGUGGCGGCCGAGGAGGCGAGGGCCAAGGAGGAGGCGCUGGGCCGGGCGGCGGAGCGGGAGCGGGAGCUGCGGGAGCUGCGGGAGCGCGCGGACGGGCUGGAGCGGAGCCUCGGCAGCCUCCGGGACAGGGCCGAGGAGCUCGCCAGGGCCUGCAGGGACAAGGACGGGAAGAUGAAGAAGCUGCUGGUGGAGACAGAGAAGCUGUCGGCUGAGGUGCUGGGGCUCCGCAGCCAGAGCGCCCGGCUCCAGCUCCAACUGGAGGUCCAGCAGAAGAACCACCGGGACAUCGUGGCCAUCUACAGGACCCAUCUGCUCAACGCUGCCCAGGGAUUCAUGGAUGAGGGGGUGCACGCCAUGCUUCUGCGCAUCCUGCGCACCCAGGGCUGAGGGGCAGGAUCGGCCCCAUGGCUCCCACUAAGGCAUUAAAUGGGCAAAGCUGCCUGGUCCCA